UCAGUUCGUUUGAGUUCGUCGCGCGUUGCGGCAGCGUCGCGGAAUUGAGAAAGAAAGAAACAACGUGUGGGAUAUUAGCAGCAAUGGAGUUGAUGAUAAUUCAUUAAUGAAUUCAAAUCAGUUUUUGCUUUCUUAAUUGCUAUGAUAAUCUAACCGGUUGAAACGAACGUCGCCCAACACGCAAACUAGACUCGGACUCGGACUCAGUGUAAACGCUGCUGCACGGGAAUUCCCUGUAAACCACAAUACGAAAUGUUUUGUGUAUUUUUGUUGAUCUUUUCGAAAUAUUGGUCAUUGUGAACAACCCCAUAAAGUUGUGCAUUGUGUAAUUAAACGCUCUGUUGACCAGUUCCAGUUUUGUUCAAGUGAGUUAACUUACAAGAGAGUUUGCAAAAAAAAAAUCAUAUUUGUGACAACAUUCACGGGUACUUGUCAUCCGAUGUUUAUCAACGUCCACAACAACAGCACCAACAACAACUCCAAUAACAUCGACAUCGUCAACAGCGAAUAUCAAGUUUGCGAAGUGUUUAAACAAAAAUAAAAUAAAAAAAAACCCCAAGUCAGCAGAAUUACUUUAAAAAGAACCGCGAAUCAAUGCGUUCAACUGUUGAGGCUGACUUGCAUACUGAACACUGGAGGGGUUAAUGUGAUUAGCUAUAUAUGUUAUAUGUGUGUUAAUAUGUUUAUGUAGAUACCCAGCUAUAGAGGUGCUCGAAUAUACAUACCAUAUUCUAUACUAUACACAAAACCUAUUCAAAUAGAAGGUUUUCAGCUUGCAAAGUGACAAAAGAUUUACUACGGAGAAGUCGUCGAGACAGGAACAAACAACUUGAUUGAAGCAAAUAUUCUACAUAUAUAUAGUGUAUAUAUACUAUAUAGAUCGACACAUAUAGCCUGCAAGUUGAGAGCACAAAAUGCAGAAGCCUGUUCACCACAGAAGUGGUCCACUCUACUGUGGCGUCACCUUAGUUGCCGUCGUCUUCCUCGUGCUCUUCCGCCUCCUCCCCGGCAGUCCCUUUGGUGUCCAUGCUCUAGGAGAUGAGGGCAACUUUCAUGAGCGAAAUGGCAUCCACACAAAGUGCAGUUUCUUCGACACGGUGAAUGUGACGGGAUAUCCUUCGUAUCCCAAUGGCAGCUACAAUUAUGAAGGCGUCUUGAUACCCAGUCAUUAUGUGGGCACAUAUGAUUACAUCUACAAGGAUCUCGUGGAUCGCGUUGAUGUUGAUCCGCACAUGCGUGGUUGCAUCUGCAAGCUGAAGCCCUGCAUCAACAUCUGUUGUCCUUGGGGAUACAUCUUCAACAACAGCGAGUGCUCCAAGGAUACGAGCAACAGAAUCUGGCCAGAGGCAACGAUAAAUGUAACGAUGCGCAAUCAAAGCGUUCACAAUGUAAAUAUCUACAAACAGUUUGUGGUGCAGAGCUUUAGACCAUGCACCGAAAUGUUCUCGCUGCUACCAGAGGCCAAUUACUAUGACACCUAUCAGCUGCAUGAGAAUGGAACUUUGUUGCGCGAGGAUGACAUGUUGUUCAUCUACAAGAAUGAGUUCUGUUUGGUGCCCACUUAUGUGAAUGAAUCGGACACUUAUUACACUCUCAAUCCCGCCAACUGCGACAUGUCCAACGAGAAGACUACGGUGAAGAUCAUCAAUGGAUUCGCCAUGCUCUUCUCCAUUCCCUUCAUGCUGCUGACCAUCGCGGUGUAUUUGUUAAUUCCGGAGCUGCGCAAUCAGCAUGGAAAAUCGUUGGUCUGUUAUCUGCUUGAUCUAAGCAUAGGUUAUAUGACGCUAUCAUGUUUGCUGCUUGUGCGCGACAUUGAACCCUCUGGAACCCCUUGCAAGAUGAUCGGCUAUACCGCGUACUUCUUCUUCAUGUCCUCAUUCUUCUGGCUGAACGUGAUCAGCUUCGAUCUGUGGCACAAUUUCCGUGGCACACGUGGCGUCAAUCGAUUCCACGAGAAGAAGCGUUUUCUGCUCUAUUCGCUGUACUCUUGGGGUUUGGCUUUGGUCUUCCUCAUCUUUACGUUCUCGGUGCAGGAAUAUUCGAAUUGGCCCCUUGAAGUCAAGCCGGGCAUUGGCGGUGGUCAGUUCUGUUGGCUGGAUAUGACGAAUUGGUCGGCGAUGAUCUAUUUCUUUGGACCCAUAAUCAUCAUCAUUGGAGCGAACACGACGAUGUUUGUGAUGACCGCCUUUAAAAUACAUGGCGUACAGCGAGAGAUGGCACGAAUAAUUGCCCGGGAGGACAGCACAAAGAAUCUGCGCACCGAAAAGGACAACAAUCCCAUCAGAUUCGGACUGUUUCUGCGACUGUUUCUCAUCAUGGGCGUCACUUGGUCGUCGGAGAUCAUCUCGUAUUUCGUGGGCGCCGACAAACAGUUUUCGAAGAUCUUUUACGUCUCGGAUCUGUGCAAUGCGAUGCAGGGUUUCCUCAUCUUUAUGCUCUUCGUGCUGAAGAAGAAGGUCAAGCAUCUGAUAUCGAACAGACUCUUGAAGCAAAAGUCACCCGGGUCGAGUCAAUCGACCUCAACGAACUCCACAUCGACGGAGAUAUCUGCGAAUACGCAACAGGAUAAGUUUAAGAUGAAGACCUCCCAGCAAACCAACGGUAAUGCCAAGAGGCCGCCAACAGCUGUGGCCAAGACCAGCUCAAAAUAAUGAUAUCGAACUAAUACAAGGCAAGAUGCUCGAGUGGACGCGAGGGCAGCAAUCAACGUCAAAGCCAGUACUCCACAAAGACCACAUCCAGCAGUGUGGCCAAUCUCUCGCUGCAGGAGAAAUCCUCAUCGGAAAAGCCUCUCGUCGAACAACAACAACAGCAACA